AUGGGACAUGCGAAUACAGCAUUCAACGAACAUUUCCAGAAAUGGAGAUUGGUAAGAAACCCGUGGAGGGUCGAAAUACAUCAAUUCGACCGCUAUAGGUGCAACGGUGUUUUAUUAUCCACGAAACACCUUCUCACAACAACAAAGUGUAUUUUGCCAUACAAAGGUGUUCCCGCCGAAAAUUCAAAUGGCGAUGAACUUCCAAUCAGCUUUUGGCUUCGUUACACGCUGAUCCACAUCAAUUCCAAAAUAAAAAGAAAAGCAAGAUAUGUUUACAUUCAUCCCGAACACCAAUGUAAUCCCAAUGAACUUUUGCCCGCAAUUGUUGAAAUGAACGAAAGCAUUGAAUUUGAUAAGUGGACACAACCGGCAGUCUUGCCGCCAACAGCACUACAAAUUCAUGAAAGAAUAUUACCUGUAGCGAUUUCCUACACUAAUAUAUCAGUAGUCACUACGAAUAAGAUGAACGUGAUGAUUUAUUCAGAUGAAAUAUGCGAAAGGAUGAAUCCAGGGGAAAAUGGCAAUAGGCUAUUGUGCAUAGACAUUGAAAGCAUUUGCUCGGACUGCAAUAUAUGUGAGUUUGGCAUUUUUACGGAUCCAUUAUUUCACUUGGCAGAAAAUGACACCAUGCUCCUACUUGGACUGGCAAAACAUUGCAAUCGAACGGCGAAACUAAUCAAUGUGAAUAGUGGCCUAGAAGAGCAAAGAUCAUCGGCUGUUUAUAUGCCAAUCGGGGAGUUUCUGCCUUGGAUUCACAAUAUUAUGCAUAAAACAUGUCCUUGCGAAACGACUUAUCGUCCAUUGAUCCAGGACGUUGAGGCAAUAAUUUUUGAAAAAAAAUGAAUCAACGAAGAGACGUUUGUGUCAGCCCAAGUUACGGCCGAAAAGAAAUUGAAAUUCAUUUAAAGCAAAAAGUCGCUCGUUCGACAU